AGCAAGGAAAUGCUUCCGUUGCUGACAACGAUCAUAUUCAUAAAUUCCUUGAAAAUCACUUCCUUCACUGGUUGGAAGCAAUGAGUAUUCUGGGGUAUUUAUCCGAGGUUGUGAAAAGCAUGGAUGUGCUACAAUCUCUAGUCCAUACACAAAACGGGUGUGACAUAUCAGAGUUUCUUCAAAACGGCAAACGAUUUGCUAUCAAAAAUAGUGAGAUCGCCGAAAGGGCUCCCUUGCAGCUGUACUCAUCUGGGCUGGUAUUUGCUCCUGAGACAUGCAUGAUCAGAAAGACAUUCAAGUCAAUGCGGCCUCAAUGCUUUUCUCAGCUACCGAUUGUCGACUCGCACUGGGGAGCAGUCUUACAGACCAUUGAAGGAACUGUCUUUCAGUUUGAAAAUCCUAUCUUUUCACCUGAUGGGAAAUUAGUAAUGACUCGGUAUGAUAGUCUUUUCAACAAGAGUGGUAGGAUCGAGAUACGGGAUAGCGCAACAGGAGCAGUUGAACAGACUCUUAGAGGCAUCUCUGGUCGAGUAUUAGGGAUGGCAUUUUCGCCUAAUGGAUGGCUUAUUGCAUCGGCGACUGCCAGUCGUACUCUUGAAGUAUGGGGUAUCUCUUCAGGACGACUUGAAUUGCGCCAUACUGUUGAAGAACAUCAGGGUCUGAUCCUCUCAGCAGCGUUCUCAGCCAACGGUGAACAACUGGCUACGACGUCUGAUGAUCGGACGAUCAGGCUAUGGACUGUGAGUCCACUCCGCCUUCAGCAGACUCUUGAAGGACAAUCAUCAUCCAAGGUUUUCCCUGUGGUAUUCUCAACAGAUGGAAAACAUAUUGCGUCAGGAUCCAGAGGUGCCACUGUGAGAGUAUGGGAUAUCACGUCAAAUCCAGCCACUCUGCGGCAUAUUCUAAAAGGGCAUGAUGACACGGUGUACUCGGUUGCAUUCUCCCCUGACGGACAGUCUCUGGCUUCCGCGUCUGGGGACAUGACCGUGAAGAUGUGGGACUUUUGUCUCGGGAAGCUGAAACAUACUUUCAAGGGACAUUCUGAUGCUGUUCAGUCCAUCGCUUACUCACCGGAAGGUCAAUUUAUUGUUUCUGGCUCUUGUGACAAGACCAUCAAAGUAUGGGAUGUUGCCUCCAAAACGGAGACCAAGAGUCUCGAGGGACACUCUGGCAUGGUGCAUCAGGUAUCACUAUCACUGGAUGGGAAACUGCUCGUCUCGGCUGCAACAGAUGCAACUAUAAGAGUGUGGGAUAUGUCUUUAUGUGUGCCCCAGCAAAGCAACAGAUAUCGUUCGGCAGGAGCAUCGUUGGUGAAAUUCUCACCCGACAACACAGUGGCAGUUUCAGUAACAGUCGAGGGGAUCUUGAUAUGGGAUCCAUUCUCGGGCAAAGUCAAGUACUGCCUUGAUGUGCAAGACCCUGAUCCUUCUACCGUGGUGUUCUCGCCCGACAGUAAAUUCGUGGCAGCAGCCUGGCCUAAAAGCCAUGCUGUGAAGGUAUGGGAUACUGCCUCUGGCAAGUUGUUAAAAGUCCUCCAAGGUCAUACAGAUUCUGUGUGUUCUGUUGCAUUCUCGUUCAACAGAGCUCUGAUGGCUGUGGGUUCAAAGGACUAUACUGUGGUGCUAUGGGACAUACAAUCCGGAAACAAACUGCAGACUAUUCAGAAUACGACCACUACCCCUUCAUCAUUAGCAUUUUCACAGAACCAGAAGCGUUUGGCAGUUGGCAGUAAUGUGAAUACUAUUACGAUCUUUGACACAGAGUCGGGGGCACUGCAAUGUACCAUCCGGGGCCAUGAUUACGAGCUUGCGACAUUCGACUUUGUGGCCUUUUCCAAUGAUGCCAAGCUGCUGGCUGUUGGCGACAUGCACGAUGCGAGCAUGGACUUGAUGGUGUGGGAUACGAUUUCUGGGGAACUGAAACAUACUCAACAACUUGAUUUUUUUUCUCGUGUAUCCUUCUGCGAAAAUGACACAUUGGUGAUGACAAAUGGGGACACAUGUUCUAUCGAAAUGGACAAGGAGAGCAACUCGGUUACUUCGAAGAUGAUGCAGAGUGAUAUUACAAUAAAGAUGUGGCAGGGGUGGAUUCACUAUGGUCAAGCCGUCAUCCUGUGGCUUCCUCCUGAGUACCGACCGAGAUGUACAGCAAUUCAGGGUAAUCAUAUUGCCCUGGGUCAUUCUCCUGGUCAUGUAUCAUUUAUCCGGUUUAAGGACUUGCCUCCAGGUCAUCCAGAUUUGUUGCCUGGGUGAUUCUAUUGGGUGUAUUCCUGAGUUUUGCGAUAUCUCUAUAUUUUUCGUUUAAUAGGACGUUUCAAAAUGGAAUGGUGUAUGCAUGUAGAGAAUUCAGAAUACUGGGGAAAUAUUCUAUAAGUGAGGAUGGUGUACUAUACUAAUAAUGUCAGGUUAUAAAAAAAAAUGGCCAGCCCUUUGGAUAUGAUCAGAUUACAUU